UUGCAUGACUCAGUGCGGCGGAGCGUCGUCCCAGCAUCCUGGCAGGCCCGGCAGUUGCGCGAGCGCAGUCGGCGCUGCACUCCGCCGCUCCUUGUGACCCAUCCCGCUCGGUUUUUCAAAUCGCAAAGCACAGACUCAACCAAAAUGACAGUAAAGAAAAGGCCCUCAGACCUGACCAGCUUGGAGCGGUUCAACCUGUACUAUAGGGAGAAGGAGCCACCACUCACUGCGGGUCAGAAGUUCAGGAGAUUCAUAUGGAACCCGAAGACGAAGCAGUUCUGUGGCAGAACUGCUUCUAGUUGGUACAAGAUCUCGCUAUUCUACUCCACCUUCUACGUCGCGCUAGCUGUCCUGGUCGCCAUAUGCAUGUGGACGUUCCUCCAGCUGCUGGACGCGAGGCAGCCCAAGUGGCAGCUGGAGAGCUCCAUCAUCGGCACCAACCCCGGCCUGGGCUUCAGACCCACGCCGCCGGAAGUAGCCAGCAGCGUCAUCUGGUACAGAGGGAACGAGCCCAGCAGCUACCAGUAUUGGAUUAACGAGCUGUCCACGUUUUUGAAAUCUUACAAACGUGAUGCCAACAAAUCCGGCGCCGGCCAGAACAUUCACAACUGCGACUUCAAGCUGCCGCCACCAGCGGGCAAGGUCUGCGACGUGGACGUCAACGCCUGGGGACCCUGCGUGGAGGAGAACGGCUUUGCCUACCACAAGUCCACGCCCUGCGUCUUCCUCAAGCUCAACAAGAUCUACGGCUGGAAACCUGGCUUCUACAACAGUUCCGAUCACCUGCCUACAGCUAUGCCAGAUGACUUGAAGGAGCACAUCAAUAAUAUGACUGCUUAUGAUAAGAAUUAUUUGAACAUGGUGUGGGUGUCCUGCCAAGGCGAGAACCCCGCGGACCGCGAGAACAUCGGUCCCAUCCAGUACCUGCCCUACCGGGGCUUCCCGGGGUACUACUUCCCCUACACCAACCAGGAGGGAUACCUCAGUCCACUAGUCGCUGUGCACUUGCAAAGACCUAAGACGGGCAUGCUGAUCAACAUAGAGUGCCGUGCGUGGGCGCACAACAUCAAGUACGACCGACACGAGGGCAUCGGCUCCGUUCAUAUCGAGAUCAUGGUGGAAUAACUAUACAAUCAGCUCUUGAAGUCAUCACACUGUGUUUUAGUAAAUUUUAAUUUAAUUUUAACUAAUAAAAUGUUUUUCUUUA